AUGAGUACUUAUUACAUGAAUGGCUCGCUAUACUCGGCCUUCCUCACGGCAGGCAGCGAUCCCACUGUAGCGGUUCCGCAGCCCUGGGAUUCUGGCUUUUGGAUCAAUACAAUGCAAUACGGAGUAUACUUGUCGCCAGGAAACCAACCAGACCAGUUUUAUCCUCCCACAUUUGAUUUCGACAUCAACACAUGCACACAGUAUGCAUGUCAAGAUGACCAGCCCUGCGCAUUUUGGGGUAAUGCCGGUUCACCUUGGGUUCCGUUUGACAGUUCAAACUCUCCGGGUGCUUUCACGUGGUGGAACGAUACUCACCAAAAUAAUUACGGGCCCGGCAGUGGCUACACCCUCCUCGACUACCUGAGCCAGGAGCAAACCUUGAACGAGCGUGGCACCACCAACACAUGGUUCGACUGCAAGCGAGCCACUCAACCUCCCUGUACUCAUGUCGCCGGCAUCGUCGUCAACUACCUCUACGACUGCGUCGCAACGGCCCCUACUACCCUGCCCGCACCCGGAGGUAAUGAAUACAAUUCCGGCCUCAACAAUCAUCCGUGGGGCUACGCGGUUGUGGCAGGGGAACAAUGGCGCUAUUGGGAUACUCCUGGAAGCCGUCAAACUGUACUACAAGGAUUCUGA